AUGCUUUUUAAUAUUUUAAAAAGCCCUAAUUUUUUUUAUUCACUCAAAAUGGCAAAGAACAAAAGUUGCCACCGUAGCUCCGCCACUACACGGCGGCUGAAGAUGUAUAAUUGUAGGCCGAAGCGUGAUCGGAAGGGCAAAAUAUUGAAGCACAAGUAUCAAUCAAAGCAGCUUCCGUCAACGCGGAUACAACCAGAUCCCCGAUGGUUCAUCAAUACUCGGGUGAUUAGUCAGGAGAAAUUGGAAUCCUUUAGAGAAGAGAUUCAGGAUCGGCUUUCAAGCAACUACAAUAUCAUAAUGAAUGGAAGUAAUUUGCCCAUGUCCCUUGUGAAUGAGCGCAAGAAGAAAGGAAAAGCUCAUCAACUUGGCAGUAAGCCUUCUGCUGGAACAGAGAAGAAACACGCAAAACAUUUUAAAUCAUUAGCCAAGAAGGCCGAUACGCCUUAAGAUCGCUCCUCCCACAAUUCAUGAAGAGACAGAUCAUCUAAAUCGACCUUUUUUCCAAGAUGAUUCGAGGGAGACGCCAAAGAUAAGAUUGGAUAACUCCGAUUUUAGUAAAUUAGUAGAUACUUCAGUUGAUUCGAGAAUUUUAGGGAAGUAAAAGUAGGGUCUUCUAUAAAUAUCAAGAAGACAACUAUGGUACUUAGUUUUUAGGAAUGUUUGGUAGAACAGCGACUAUUGACAAUUGCUGUUGAUUUUGGCUUUGAGGAAUAACUCCUCUAUGAGUUGAUUUUGUUUUCA